AUGCUCAAGACUGAGCGCUCGACGCCGUACACGAGAUGCCAAGGGCGUCUGCGGAAGCGACCGAACCAUGAGCUCGAGUAUUUGCGGCAGCAGGUGGUCGACCUCCAGGAAGAGCUACAAGUACUGCGCCAACCGGACAGUCGUCUGACAUCUACCGUCGAGCUAGAGCUUAGUGAGGACGACACGUGGGAGAGCCUAGCUGCGAGACAGAGUGCACAAGCCAAUAAGGUGCUGAUGAAAAACGUGAAGCUUCGUACAGCGCUGGAAGAACAGCUACGCGUGGCUCGAAUGCUGGAAAAUGCCAUCGACCAGCACUGGAGAAAAUCGAGUCAGGAAAGACGUUGGUUCACUGGCGACGCGGAGCGACCUCAGCCUUCGAAUCUAUCUGAAAAAAUGAUCUACGCUUUACUUGAAGAGGAUAUGGGGAGUCAACACGCUUCAGUAGACAAAGAGCUGGCAACCAGCGCAGUUUCGCUUGAGCACUGCGAGUUAAACCCAAAACUCCACGUAAAGCGCAAUGCGGACGGAAUCUCCUUUUACGUUCGUGAGGCUCAUUUGCUGCCGUUCUCAAGUGUAGUCCACGCAUUGCACAACUCGCUCAGCCACGGAGACGCGGGACGCCCGAUGGCUCGUUGUCGAAAGCUCUGGAAGGAAGACAACUGUUUACGGGCUACUACGGUCACUACACUAAAUUUACCGAAUGGCCGUCAAGUAGAAGUCACAACAAGGCUUGUUCAGCGGAGCAUUCCGGAGGCAACUCGAACGAUUAACGUGUGGGCAGCGUACGUUGAGAUCCAAGGCUCCAUGUUCAUCCGCCUCGAGGAGAAAGGAUGGAUCGCUCUAGAGCCUUAUCAAUUCAAGAGGAAUGGCUACAUUUCCCAAGCUCCAGGAACCACACUGCGAUCGGCAGUCCGCGUGGCGCCUGUCAUGCAGUUUUACUCGGAGGAAGACGAGAAGCAGCACGUCGACGAGAUGACGGAAAUUGUCAUGGAAACAUACAACUGCAACUUCAGUCUGCUCUACCAGGUAUUGGAGAACCUCAUGCUAGAUAAUGCCAUGAAGAAGAAGACGCAGUAA